UUGGUCUUUAAAGCAGCGAGUAAUUUAACCAGGGUCAUUGAUUGGAAGUUCCAGGAGCGAGAGAGUCCUGCUAACUCUCUGUCUCUCUCUACUCAUCAUGGUACUGAGAAAAAGGUGCCAUUGCCAGACCAAAGCCCGCCAAAAAGUCAUAUCCUGACAUCAGCCAUUAUGUUACCAGGGACUAAAUUUAUUGUGUUGUUUAAAUUAUGGGAAUUUUACAUAUUCAUGGCCUCAGGUGACGAUGGCCCGGCCUACUGGAACAAAUUUAAUGACGUCUCGCGGGACGAGAUGACAGAAGAGCAGCGCCUCCUAUAUCAUUUACUGCGUACCUAUGACAAGUCUUCACGUCCGGUCUACAGAGCUUCUACCCCUGUAGUAAUUCGCCUUGGGAUUACCCUUACCCAAAUCCUUGAUGUGGAUGAGAAAAAUCAAAUUCUUACCACAAAUAUCUGGCUUGAUCAGGAGUGGAUUGAUGAGAAAAUGGUGUGGAACAACAUUACAGAGUUUGCUCACAUAAACAAAAUGAGGAUUCCGUGUGAUCUUCUCUGGUUACCCGACAUCGUCCUUUAUAACAGUGUGGACAAUCAUAAUAAAGGAUAUAUGAAGAGUCUUGCUUUUGUUGACAGCGAUGGAAACAUAUUCUGGCCACCCAUUGUCAAAUUCCGCAGCUCUUGCAAAAUGGACAUCACAUAUUUCCCGUUUGAUGAUCAAGUGUGUUCUUUAAAGCUCGGCUCGUGGGCAUAUGAUGGAUAUCAAGUAGAUAUAACGAACAGGAGUCUUGACAUUGACACAACUAGAUACGUAGAUAAUGGGGAAUGGACAUUAAUCGGUACUAAAGCUGUACGCAAAGUAGUCCGGUAUCCAUGUUGUCCUGAGCCAUUUCCGGAUGUGACGUUUUACGUUCACAUCAGACGCCGUGUUCUUUAUUAUGCGUUUAACGUCAUCAUACCGUGUGCUCUAUUGUCUACCCUUACUUUGACUGGAUUUAUGUUACCUCCAGAUUCAGGGGAAAAGGUCACUCUAGGACUGACAGUUCUCUUGGCGUUUUCUGUAUUUAUGUUGCUGAUAGCGGAAAAUAUGCCCGCUACUUCGGAGUACAUUCCACUCAUAGGUAUUUAUUUGACCGUGAUCAUGGCUAUGAGCGGGAUGUCAGUUGUUUGUUCUGUUCUGGUGCUAAACAUUCACCACCGCGGAGUUCUCGCUAGGAGUCCUCCAAGAGCAUUGAAAUGCUUGGCUCGAGCUUUUGCUCGGCUCUUUUGUAUGAAAGUCCAGUUAGAUGAUUCUACAAAUACAUCUAACUACCGCACCACAGUGACGUAUACACCGGCUAACUUCACGUGUAAGUCUAAUGACAACGAGAGUUUGUUGUACAACGAUAUUCAGGGACAAACGCCACUUCAUAUGGACCUACAGGAUACAGACGCUCUUAAUGACGUCAUGAACCAAAACAUGCCCCCAACUGUCCCGGGAAAAUCAAAAAUUGACAUAGAAAUACUGAGUUAUUUUAAACAGAUGAUGAGCAAUCAUGAACAAUCCUUGAUAGAAAAACAGAUUGUUCACGAAUGGCAGGAGAUAGCGCGGGUGUUAGACAAGGCGUUCUUCUGGUUGUUUUUGUUAAUAACAGUGCUAUCAACUAUAGUUAUAUUAGUCGUCAGUCCGAUGACAAAAGAAAUUAAUCUAGAGGAGAUCCAUCAUUCAUAUUAGUGACAGGAAUCAAUCUUUAGUCUUCAUUUUCAUAUUGUCUAUUAGCUACAGAACUGUAGCGUUAUGGUUUAAUAUUUUUGAUUUGACCACAACGCGUUACAGAUCCCGUAAUGAAAUAAUGUGCAAUUUACUGCGCAAGAUUUUUUGGCACAGUUGGGGAGAAUUUUUUCACUUUCCACCAAUGUUCAUUCAUUUACCUUU